AGCCGAGAAUGGCCGCCACGCACUCCUCCACCACAUAAAAAAAAAACAACAAUUCCAAACCCUAAACAGAUAUUUCUCCCUCUUUCCUUUUCCCUUGUUAUUCUGAUUCGCUUCUUCUCCCCUCCUCGCCCUCAUACUCGGAUCCUUCUUUUUCCUCUCUUGACUUCUUGACCAGCUGAGAUAGAGAGAGAGAGAGAGAGAGAGAGAGCGAGCUAGGGUUUGGGGUGUUUGCGAUGGAAGAUGCGAUUGUGGACGAUCUUAUACGGAGGCUGGUGUCGGCGAAGAGUGGCCGGACGACGAAGCAGGUGCAGAUGACGGAGGCGGAGAUACGACACCUCUGCACCACCUCCAAGGAGAUCUUUCUCAGUCAGCCCAACCUUCUCGAGCUUGAAGCUCCCAUCAAGAUUUGCGGAGAUGUUCAUGGUCAGUUUUCUGAUCUUUUACGGUUGUUUGAGUAUGGUGGGUACCCGCCUGAAGCCAACUAUUUAUUCCUAGGGGACUAUGUUGACCGUGGGAAGCAAAGCAUAGAGACAAUUUGCCUUCUCCUCGCGUAUAAGAUCAAAUACAAGGAGAACUUCUUCCUGCUCAGAGGCAACCAUGAAUGUGCUUCCAUCAACCGCAUAUAUGGGUUCUAUGAUGAGUGCAAGAGAAGAUUUAAUGUUCGUAUUUGGAAGGUAUUUACUGAUUGCUUCAACUGUCUGCCUGUCGCUGCUCUUGUUGAUGAGAAGAUCCUCUGCAUGCACGGUGGUCUAUCUCCUGAUUUGAAAAACUUAGAUCAGAUUAGAAAUAUUGCCCGCCCAGUGGAUGUACCAGACCAGGGCCUUCUCUGUGAUCUAUUAUGGGCUGAUCCCGAUAAAGAUGUUGAAGGUUGGGGAGAGAAUGAUCGUGGUGUGUCGUAUACAUUUGGGGCUGACAAGGUUGCUGAAUUCCUCCAACAACAUGACCUUGAUCUUGUUUGUCGUGCUCACCAGGUGGUGGAAGAUGGAUAUGAGUUUUUUGGAAAGAGGAAACUGGUGACUAUAUUUUCAGCACCAAAUUACUGUGGUGAGUUUGAUAAUGCUGGUGCCAUGAUGAGUGUGGAUGAUACAUUGACAUGUUCCUUCCAGAUCCUGAAAGCAUCUGAGAAGAAAGGAAAGCUUGGUGUAGGUAGCAACAUGUUAAGACCAGGAACUCCACCUCAUAAGGGUAAGGGCUGAUUGAUUGAGGAAGCAGUAACUGUAAUUCUAGGAAGAAUAUCUCCUGCAUCACCCGUGCUGCAUGGCAUGAUAUCAGUUGCAAGGUUGGUAAUUCAACAAUGUCUCGUUUAGUUAGAGUAUCAAGAUGCAAGCUACAUCUACAGUGUGUCAAAAGAGCCUUUGGUGUCCGAGAUUGAUGCACCUUUCUUCGGCAAAGAAAUUGAAAAAUCAAAUUGAACUGUAUAAUUGAGAUUCUUACUUUGUUCUUUUGAAUUUAGAAGUUUUUAUUCGAGGGAAAAACCUGAUUUUAUGUUGCUUAAA